UCGAGCGCGCGCGUGUGUGUGUGUGUGUGUGCGCGCAUGUGUGUGUGUCAGUGUCAGGACUACAGAGGCUCGGAGCUCAGCAUUUCACAGGAUCUGUGUGAAGGACACCAGCGUGUGCGAUGUGUUUUUUACAUUUCUGACUGAAUCCGGAUUAAAAAGGCAACAUGACGGUGGAUUUUGAGGAGUGUAUUAAAGACUCGCCCCGGUUCAGAGCAAACAUCGAUGAGGUGGAGACAGAUGUGGUCGACAUAGAGGCCAAACUUGACAAGCUGGUGAAGCUGUGCAGCGGGAUGAUCGAGGCUGGCCGGGCGUACACCAAUGCUAAUAAACUCCUUAUCAAUGGCAUUCGAGACCUUUCGCACCACUGCAAGGAGGAAAUGAUCUCUGAGUUUCUGGAGAAAUGUGGAGAGAGCCUUCAGGAAAUCGUCAACUACCACAUGAUCCUCUUUGACCAGGCCCAGAGGUCCAUUAAGCAGCAACUGCACACUUUUGUCAAGGAGGAUGUGCGCAAGUUUAAGGACACAAAGAAGCAAUUUGACAAGGUGCGGGAGGACAUGGAGAUAGCACAGGUGAAAAAUGCUCAGGCUCCUCGCAACAAGCCACACGAAGUGGAAGAAGCCAGCAGUGCACUUAUCGUGACCCGGAAGUGUUUCCGACAACUCGCCCUCGACUAUGUACUACAGAUCAACGUUUUACAGGCGAAAAAGAAGUUUGAAAUCCUAGACUCGAUGCUGUCCUUCAUGCAUGCACAGUACACGCUGUUCCAGCAGGGAUACAACCUUCUGGAUGAGCUCGACCCGUACAUGAAAAAGCUUGCUGCUGAGCUGGAUCAGCUGGUGAUCGACUCGGCCAUGGAGAAGAGAGUGAUGGAGCACCAGCAUGCCAUCAUCCAGCAGCGGACUUUGAUGCAGGACUUCGCCUGUGAUGAUUCCAAGGUGGAAUUUAAUGUGGACGCCCCGAAUGGGAUUGUGAUGGAGGGAUAUCUGUUCAAGCGAUCUACAAAUGCUUUCAAAACAUGGAAUAGGCGGUGGUUCUCAAUACAAAACAGCCAGCUUGUCUAUCAGAAGAGGCUUAAGGAUGCUCUUACGGUUGUUGUAGAGGACUUGAGGCUUUGUUCCGUCAAACCUUGUGAGGAUAUAGAACGGAGGUUCUGCUUCGAAGUGGUGUCACCUACAAAAAGCUGCAUGUUGCAAGCCGAGUCUGAGAAGCUGCGACAGGCCUGGAUUCAGGCUGUGCAGGCCAGCAUUGCGUCAGCCUACAGAGAGAUCACAGAUAACUACUAUAUAGAGCGUUUGGACAGAACAGCGUCUCCCUCCACCAGCAGCAUCGACUCGGCCAGCGAGCCACGGGAGAGGAGUGUGAGGGGGGAGAGUGUCCUGCAGAGGGUUCAGUCUCUCCCUGGAAAUGAGGUGUGCUGUGACUGCGGCCAGGCCGAGCCACGCUGGGCCAGCAUCAACCUGGGCAUCCUGUUGUGCAUCGAGUGCUCUGGCAUCCACAGGAGUUUGGGUGUACACUGCUCAAAGGUGCGCUCUUUAACACUGGACUCCUGGGAACCCGAAUUAAUGAAGUUAAUGUGUGAGCUUGGGAACACGGUAAUUAAUCACAUCUACGAGGGAGCCUGUGAAGAAAGAGGUCUGAAAAAACCUGGACCCAACAGCUCGAGGCAAGAGAAAGAGGCCUGGAUCAAAGCUAAGUAUGUGGAAAGGAAGUUUCUAAAGAAAAUGUGUGGCUUAGAGGCGCUGGUCGAAGGUGGCAGGAAGUCUCAUCACUGGCACGUGAAAAAGUGCAGAAGAAACAACAGCGCCAUCGGAGCACCCAAAACUCGACACAAAUACAGACAUGAUGGUGGAAGUGUGUCACCAGCUAACUUAUCUGCAGCUGCUGCAGCGGCCAAAUUCCGCAGAGAAUCACUUUUCUGUCCCGAUGAACUGGACUCGCUUUUCUCCUACUUUGACACUGGCUCCGGGCCCCGCAGUCUCAGUAGUGACAGUGGUCUUGGCGGCAGCACAGACGGCAGCACUGACAUCCUGGUGUGCGGCUCAGUGGUGGACAGUGUCACGGAAGAGGAGUGUGAAGACUCAGAUGAAUCCAGCGGGGAGGUGGAGGUUGAGCAAGAGGCAUCAGACCUGGAGGACAUGCGGGAGCUGCAUCCCAGCGCGCUGCUCCAUAAAGCCUCACAAGCCCGGAACUUGCCUGUCAUGGCUGAGGCGUUAGCACACGGAGCAGACGUCAACUCCAUUAAUGAAGAGAACGAGAGCAAGAGCCCUUUAAUACAGGCUGUCACGGGGGGUUCUUUAAUAGCCUGUGAAUUCCUGCUGCAGAACGGAGCUGAUGUAAAUCAGAAAGAUGCGAGAGGACGGGGCCCGCUUCACCAUGCCACUUCUUUGGGCCACACAGGGCAGGUGUGUCUGUUCCUGAAGCGAGGAGCGUCUCAGACGGAGGUGGAUGAGGACGGUCAGGAUCCUUUGAGCAUUGCUGUGCAGGCGGCUAACGCAGACAUUGUGACUCUGUUGCGGUUGGCUCGGAUGAACGAGGAAAUGCGCGAGGCGGACGGCCCCCUCGGACAGCCAGGUCAAUACCCCGGCAGCAGCCCCACUGAACAGCAGUACAAGAAGUGCAUUCAGGAGUUUAUCUGCCUUACCAUAGAUGCGUGCUAGGGGGGGCGCUCCUGAGCAGGGCUAGGGUUAAAGGUCCAGCAGUAGCAAAGCGAGCCGGCUGGACUUUGUGUUAUUAACUCGAAGACGCCUCAUCAGUCAGUAUGGAUAAUUCAGUCUCGUAAAGGAACACAUCAUCAGUCACAUUCCUGACAUUUCUGUACUGCUAUAUGAUGCAUUUUAGAUCUUUAUGGUACAUAGCCUAUUGUCUCAAUCCACAAGCUAUUUAGGAAAAAUUAUUAAACACGUUAUAGAUGUUAUCGCAGUAGUGGCUACGGAACAUUCAGUACUGCGUUCAGAACACCACACUGAAUGUCCUGGCUUACUGGUGAUCAGUCGCAGGUAGUUUGCCUUCUAGAUGAUGUGUCCAAUCAGAACGAAGACUUUCUGUGGUAUUAUUUUGCCAUCAUGUACAAAUACGACUGCGUGCACUUUUCCUACCGACAGUAUUCUUAGUAUUUGUAUGUUUUGGUUUUUGUGUUGUUUAGUGUGUUUUUUUUAUUUAUGAUGUUCCGCCUAGAGGACUAGUGCAAUGGAAACUGGAAUACGGAAAAUCUGUAUCCACAUCUUUCUCUCUCUCUUUUUUUUUUUUUUUUAAACAAUUUUAGUUCCAAGCUUAAUGUAAUCCAGUUUUGUAACUGGACUCACAUUGAUUAGCUCUCUCAAUAAGACUCAUCAUCCUAUAAUUACAGGUGUUUUCAAGCUCCUUUAAAUUUCUAGAAUAAUGCCAGAUACCAGUUAAGCUAAAUUAUUUAUAGAAACUACGGUAAUUGUAUGUUUUGUAUAUUUGUACAAGUCCCCAAAAUUACAUAAUGUGAUUUAUUUUUUAGAGCUCUUUGGUAAGGUCAAUUGUUAAUAGCUCGUUUCUGCAUGCAAAACAUGCUUGCACGCAUAAUUUCUUAAGCUGGUCAUCCUCGUUUUAUAGAAGUGCAUGAGUUUUUGAUGACAUCUGAUGCCAUGCAGUUUGAAACACAGUUGAAUGAGGUGUUUACGUACAUCGGCAUGAACUUCAGCACUGUUUUAACCGCUCAACCCUUGACAUGAUGCAGUCAGAAGUGGAAAUAUAAUGUUAAGUGAUGAUGGUCAGCUAUAAAAUCCAUACAUCUGAAGACAAAUGAAUGGAAUUUAUCAUGCUUGAGACGUUUUUACAGAAACUGCAGGGGGCAAACUGAUAAAUUUCCUGUUUAAGAGGGACAAAAAUGCACUUUCAUCUAAUUACAAAAAAAACUUAAAAGAACAAAAGAAUAACUGGUGAAUAUGGUCUGUCUUUGGGAGUGUGUUUAACGUGAACAUGUACAAUUUCCUCUAAAUAACUGUGGUGUAAAUACGUAUUAUUGUUCCCACCUGCUUGGCUUCUGCAUUCCACUGUGGAUCCUUUCGCCGUUCUCUUUGCAUCGGUCUGUACAAUCUGUUUUAAAAUCCUGUAUUUGGAGAUAUUAUUUACGCAACUGAUCUUAAAGAAAACUCAUUUGUCACUGAAAAAAAGCUGAAAGAAUAAAAAUAUGAUGCUUUUAGACUCCUC